AUGGCACUGCAUCAGUUAGUCCUCCAACAAAUCUCAACUCGAAAUCUCCCUGUUCUUGCGAUUGGGGCUGCUUUUCUCAUAUUUAUCUUUCGGAAGCUAUUCACAAGCAACGUUAAGUCUGAAGCAAAAGGCUGGAAACCGAUAACUCGCUACUGGCAAUGGGACCCCAUAUGGGGUCUUGAUCUAGUAGCGAGUCAAAUCCAUGCCUUACGAUCAAACCAGUUCUUGGCAUGGCUUGCAAAGCUUCAUGCCAGCAUGCCUCACACCAAGACCUUCAGUAUCAAUAUGUUUGGUGUCAAGUGGAUCUACACUUAUGAUCCUGAAGUUUUGAAGGCUGUCUAUGCUACUCACUUCAAGGAGUUUGGUGUUACACCGAUUGGUAAUCUUCGAAGAGGACUGACUCCUUUCGCUGAUAAGGGCGCUAUCACUACUGAUGGUGAAGAUUGGAAGCACAGUCGCUUUCUUAUCCAGCCUUUCUUCGAUCGUCAGGUGUACACAAGCACAGACAGAGUGGCUCGACAUACGAACCAGUUCAUCAAGCUACUACCUGAAAACGGGGAAACUGUCGAUCUCCAACCACUUCUCCAACGAUGGUUCCUGGAUAUCGCCACGGAGUUCAUCUUUGGCGAAUCCACUGAGGCGCUCGUAUAUCCCGAACGCGCCAAGAUUGCCAACACAAUGCUUGACGUGCUUGACGGUGGUCGUCUCCGCGCUCAGCUUAACAGGCUCAUGUUUCUUCGUGAUUGGACUCCCUGGCUGAAGUCAGUCGAAGAGAUCCAUGCCUUCGUUACUCCUCCCAUUCAAGACACCAUCAAGGAGAAGCAUGAGCGUGAAAAGAAGAUCAAAGACGGCAAUCUGGAAGAUGUUGAGGAGCUGCGAUCGCAGAUCUGCUUGAUUCUCGUGGCCAACAUUGACACUACCUCUGUGUUUAUCAGCAACUGCGUUUGGUGGCUUGCUCGCUAUCCUGAUGUUUGGGAUAAGAUUCGGCAGGAAGUCCACGAACUACGUGAUAUUCCCAUGAACUUUUCAGUUCUGCGAAACAUGAAGUAUCUGAACUGCGUCAUGAAUGAGACUCAUCGCAUGAUCCCCAACAACGUGUCUCAACUCCGCGGUGCUUUUGAGGAUGUCGUGAUACCAGUUGGCGGUGGUCCAGAUGGCAAAUCACCAACGCUUAUCCGCAAGGGCGAUCUUGUUCUCAUCAACAAGACUGUCAUGUAUCGUGAUUCUGAGGCUUGGGGUGACGACUCCAACGAGUUCAAGCCAGAGAGGUUUGACGGGUAUCGAGGCUCAUGGGGCUUCCUGCCUUUUGGUGGCGGACCAAGACGAUGCCCGGCUCAGAUGAUGGUUCAGACUGAGGCGGCGUAUAUCCUUGCUCAUCUUGCGAAGACCUUCAAGCGCAUCGAGCCUCGCGACCCAGAGCCGUACGUUCCUGUUAUGAGGAUUGGGCCGUCGAAUAAGACUGGUGUUAAGGUGGCUUUAUACCGAUGA